AUGCACGGCAACGAGAUCCAACCAGACACUCAACCUACGGGCACGACCGAGCAACAAGACGUCUCCGCGGUUUCCAUCCGACUCCCACCAUACUGGGACCGCAACCCUGCAGUUUGGUUUCUGCAAGCGGAAUCGCAAUUUAUUCUCUCUGGCGUUCGCACGGAACAACGCAAGUACCACCUAGUUGUUUCGGCACUGUCGCCUACUGCUGCAGAAGAAGUUGCCGACCUGCUUUCUGGACCGCCUCCCGCCACUCCAUACAGCGAUCUUAAGGCUGCCCUUCUCGAACGCACAACAACAUCGCAGCGAGCCCGCAUGCAACAGUUGCUCUCCGCAGAGGACUUGGGAGACCGUCGGCCAAGCCAGCUCCUUCGCCGUAUGCGACAGCUCAUGAGCGACAACACAACAGUAAGCGAUGACCGCCUCCUGCGAGAACUGUUCAUGCAGCGCCUUCCAGUAAACGUUCAGAUGGUACUCGCUACAGCCACGGUAAUGGACCUCAACAGCCUGGCCAGCUUGGCGGACAAAGUCAUGGAGAUGAUGACGCCAGCGGUGUGCAACGUAACAUCAUCCAGCACCACCGCGAGUUCAGCGCCACAAACAUCAUCCUCCGCCGAGUCUCCCAUCGACGUGCUCUGCAAUCGCCUUGAACAAUUAGUGUGUGCUGCGGAGCGUCAUCGCACUUCACCCCGUCACGGAAGGUACCGCAGCUCGAGUAGAUCACGGCGUCCAAGAGAAGAACGCUCCCGGUCUCAAACGCCACCACGGGUAUGCUUUUAUCACCGCCGCUUCGGGCAGGAGGCGCGCCACUGCCUCCGUCCUUGUGCAUGGCAGGGAAACCAGCCGGCCGACCUUUAAUGGCGACAACCGGUCAGGGCCAAAGCAAAAGUCGCCUAUUUCAUGUCAUGGACAGAACCACAGGCCAGCAAUACCUGGUGGACACCGGGGCGGAGGUCAGCAUUAUUCCCGCGCAACGUUCCGACCGAACUACACCGCCGACCUCAUAUCUUCAA